CCUCGAGGAGGAUGAGGGGCUGGGGGGUAUGCCGCAGGAGCUAGACCCGACCCUAGUUUGGUCUCCGCCGGUGGAGGAGGUGUACGUUGCAGCCGAGGAGAGGCUGGAACCACGGGACAAGAAGCCGUAUAGGCGCGGGAUUCCGAAACUCCCCAAGCUAAAAACUUGGGCCUUCCGCGAUGUUGUUCUCGUGCCCGCUGGAAAGAGCAUGUUCAAGUAUGGCGACCCGAGGAGGAAGCCGACACGUGAGUACCCGAACAUCCUUGGAGGCAUAAUUAGGAAGCAUUUCCCUGGGAUUGUCAAUCUCCCUACCGGUGGCCGCGACGUGGCUUGGACUUGGAAGCACUACAGCUACGCGGAAGAUCCUAGCGGCAAGUACGAAAACAUGCAAGAGCGGGUUGUCCGCCACUUCGGGGUGAGGGUGACCGGCAUGCACUACGAGGCACGUGUCCAGUGCGUCCGCGAUCGGCACGCCGAGCGCAAAGUUUGGAUGAGUAAGGCUGAUUGUCGGGAUACGCUCAUGGCACCAUGGCGGUACCUGCAGAUCCCCGCGCUCGAUCCGGUUGUGAUGGCGCUCCUCCAGCAAGCGCCAAGUCGAGCCCGCUGA